AUGCGUGGUUUGAGGAUGGGGAUGGGGAUGAGGAUUAGGAUGAAGUUUGUUGGGAAAAGAAAGGGAAGGGAGAGGGAAGGAAAGGAAAGGAAAGGAGAUAAGGAGAGGAGAGGAGAAGGGUACAUGAAAAAUUACAAUGAAAAUGAAAUUGAGAUUGAGAUUGAGAUUGAGAUUGAGAUUGAGAUUGAGAUUGAGAUUGAGAUUGAGAUUGAGAUUGAGAUUGAGAUUGAGAAGUCCUGUGUUUUUGUGGAUGCGGGUUUGUAG